AUGUCGUCGCAGGAAGUCCAGGGAGUACUGAUCUUCCUCCAAAAGUGCGAUCGAAUUAUGCCGGCAUGCUUUUUGUGCCGUAAAUUCCAACGCCAAUGUCUUUACGAAAAGCUAGCUAAAGCACCGCUCACUCGACGUUACCUUAACGAGGUGGAGAAUGAGCUUAGACAGGCUAAGGAGCUACUGAGGCAAGUGUUGCCAGGAACAGACAACAACAGCGUGAACUUUGGAGAGCCAAUACAUGGAGGCCAUGCGAAUCGUUCUGACAAUGGCCCUGGGUCGUGCCGACUACAAACAAGUACCGACUUUAUACACGACCAGAGACACUCUGUUCUUAUGCAGCAAGACCAAGACCGAAUUGAGACCAGUGAAAGCCUAUCCCGACCACAGAGACAACACACUUUUGUUCCACAAAAUAUCCGACGACAACGAACUUCGAGUAAUCUCGAAGGUCGUUCCCUUGGUCCGUCCGGCAUAUCUCUGGAAACACCACCAUCUACCAGUAACUUCGAAUGGGAUGAGCGAACUGGCAAUGCAGAUGGAGAUAGAUUUGUCGACGGCAUGGCCAGCUUGACUAGCAGCUUGAAUGAGGGUGGAUAUCUCGGUAGGUGGCUUUCGUCUCUGCUGGCCGCGGAUACUAACAUUUCUCAAGGAGCUGCGUCUGGCGCUGCACUCCUACGAUUAACUGAUAACAGGCCAACUGAGACAUCAGGCCAUGCAGAUCAUAUUGCGCGAACGACCACUCAGCCUCCCACUAGUGUCCCUUUUGCCUUGACUUCACUUGGUCAACUAGAGCCAUUUGUUGAGGCAUACUUCUCCCUCUAUCAUCGAUCAUAUCCAAUUGUCCAUGAAGCCACAUUCCGUGCCCAGUUCAUGGAGGUCAUUCCACGACCGAAUGGACAAUACUGGCAAGUGUUACUAUUUGUAGUAGCAGCCACAGGGGCUUUUACUGCCUCUACCCAACCGACAGAUGUGGACCUCGGCCUUUUCAAAGCGGCAAAAGCGCGACUGACCAUCGAUAUGCUCGAGACUGGCAACUUAAUCCUAGUGCAGGCAUUGACCCUGAUCUCAAAUUAUAUGCAGAAACGGAACAAACCAAAUUCAGGAUACAAUUACAUGGGAUUGGCGCGACGCAUUGCUAUGGGCAUUGGGCUUCACAAAGAGUUUCCGACCUGGGAUGCUAGCCUAUUCACGACAGAAAUGCGAAGAAGGGUGUGGCAUUGUCUUUACAUUUUCGACGUCGGUGCUAUAAUUACGUUCUCGCGACCUCUAGAUUUCCCAGACGAGGGAAUCGAUGUGGAGCUUCCCAUGAAUGUGCAUGAUCUUGACAUAACCUCAGGGACAAAGCAUAUCCCACAGUCAGCGAAUGAAACCACGGUCUAUACACAUCUGCGUGCACAGGCAGCAUUUCACACGGCCACCAGCCCAAUAUACACAAAACUCAUCUCAUCACCGUUUCCUUCGGCAUCGGAGAUGAUCGAGCUCGAUGACACACUGAUCGGCCACUGGCUUGUGUCACUUCCUCCAUUCUUUGGUGAGAAUGUGAUCCAGGAAACAAGGUUUCGUCUGUGCCAUUCAAUUCUGCGAUGGAGAUACCGAAACUUUCGCAUUCUCAUGUAUCGUCCGUUCCUAGUUGGACGACUGAUGGCCCGGCCCGGCUGGGCCUUGGGAGCUCAAGAUAAAGACGAACAUGUCGACUUGGCCAUAAAGCGUUGUCUGAACGCCGCCCAAGAGUCCUUGGAUUUAAUAUCAACAUUCUGGACUCAGGAACCAAAGACAAUGAUGGCUUGCUGGUAUGGGCUCUACUUCCUAUUCCAGGCAAUUCUGAUUCCAGUAAUUUGUCUGCGAAACGAUCCCCAGGCUGCUCUCGCUAUGAGCUGGCGUGAACAAAUAUGUCAAGCGAUGCCUAUUCUGGAGUCCAUGGCUCAGCUUAAUCCGACUGCACUCCGUUGCUUGGAAAAAGUACAGUCCCUCUGUGGAGCAUAUCUUGACCCUUCUGUUGAUGAAUGGGGCCAACCUACCGAAGAGUCACCACAGACACAGCUUGCGAAUUUGUAUCCUUUGAUGUGGCCCACGUUGGAAAUGACGCAAUUAGACGGAGUGGAUUCAGUUCUACAGGAGUCGACUAUUCUGGAUUUUAUGAACCAACUACCUGGAGUCGAGUGA